AUGUCUAAUUUGCGUGUGAACAUCUCAAUAUCGGAACGAGAUGCUGUUAAGCUUAUACUCGAUUUUCUUCAGAAUCGAGAAUUGUAUAUUAGUAUGUUAGAUAUCGAGCGUGAAACAGGCAUAAUUAACGGCUCAUUUUCUGAAGAUAUAUUAUUUUUACGUCAAUUAAUUUUGGAUGGUCAAUGGGAUGAUGUCGUAGAUUUUGUUCAACCAUUAAAAACAAUCGACUCGUUUGAUGCUAAACAAUUUAUUUACAUUGUUUUAAAGUAUCAGUUUCUAGAAUUAUUAUGUUUAAAAACUGAAGCCCAAAUUGAAAAUGAUUUAUCUGUAGAACAAAUAGUCAAAUUUUUGAAUGAUUUACAUCCAUUUUGUCCAUCGGAACAAGAAUAUAAAAAAUUAUCAUUUUUAUUAACAUUAAAACAUUUACAAGAUCAUCCGGAUUAUCGUAACUGGAAUCCAAGCGCUGGGAGAGUACAAUGUUUUCACGAAGUGUUUCCACUUGUUCAUCGAUUUCUUCAAAUUGAUAAACAAACAACAUCUAUUGGUCAAGGUGAUCGUCUAGUUCAGCUAUUAGUGAAAGGUUUAUUAUAUGAAUCAUGCGUUGAACAUUGUCAAGCUCGAGCAACAGCUACCGAUGAAACAAUUGAUUUAACAGAUCCCAAUACUUUGUUAUUAUCAACUCGUUUAUCUGAUACUGAUGUUAGUUUAUUAUCAUGGUUACAUGCAUUGCCUACAGAAACAUUUUCGUGCCCAUUUGAACAAAAAUCUCUUUCAUUAAAUAUUGAAAAAUUCCAGAAACCCAUACUCGAGGCAACAUGGGCUGAACAUGUGCUGAGUACACCAUUUAAACCGACAACAAUGUUUCCAUUUAAUGCAACACCUACGGGUAAACCACGUUCAACCGAAUUAAUGUCACGGUCAUUGGCACCACAAUAUGAUGGACUAUCCUAUGGUCUUAUACGAUCACAAAUAUUUGGAGAUUAUAAUAGAAAUUUUGUUAAUGAUAUGUCACGGUCGUUGGCUAUAUGUAAUCUAAAAGAUAAUAGUUUAGCGCACAGCGCAAUUGGUACGGGCGGAGGAACGUCAUUACCAACUGUUCAAGAAGCCAUAUAUGAAGAAUCAGCUUCGAAUAAUAAUCAAACGGAUCUUCAUCCAACACCUCCACGUAUAAUAUCACCGGCAUCCAGUGUCAUCUCACCAUCCACGACACAACGUUCACAGUCACCAAAACGGUCAGUUACGGGACCAUAUUUUAGUUCACAUUCGAAUAAUAACGAUAUUCAACAACAACAAUAUCAGCGUUCUCAACAGCAUAUCUCAUCUCCGACAUCUUCAUCUUCUCAUUCACCCGUUUUAACAUCUCCGACAAGUGCUAAUCAUUAUUCUCAAAAUAAUCAAAACAAUCAUUCUCAUCGACAACAAAACAAAACCUAUACACAAACAAACGGAACAAAUCUAGCUUCAACGCCAAAUGAAAUUAUUAAACCUGCAGUACAAACGAGUUCAACAACAUCGAAUGCACAUCCAGUAUCCAGAAAUGCUCAUCCGUCGACAUUGCCCGGAAUAAAUCCAAUCAGUCAACAAAAUAUUGGCAACCACCAGACGCCAUUUCCACCUCAGCCACACUUAUCGUCAAUGACAGAUUCAUCAACGGAUCGUUUACUAAAAGAAUAUCAAAAGAGUCGUGCGGAGAUAGUUAAACAGUUUGAAGAACAAGAGAACCGGCGAAAUGAACUUCAAAAACAACUUUCUUCACCAUCGGCAAUAAAAACUCGUCCAUUAAAUGACGUAACAAAAUAUGAUUCACUCGAGGAUAUUGCCCGCUCACCAGCAUUUCUACCAUUAGUUUCGAUUGAAGAUGUGCAAGCAAUUCGCGCUGUUGAUGUACAUCCAAGUGGAAAUUACUUUGCUGUUGGUUCAAACUCAAAAAUGUUACGUGUAUGCGCGUAUCCAGAACUAAAAAAAAUUGCAACGGAUUCUGUACCAAAACCAGCUAAAGUUCUCUAUAAAAAAGGCAAACAUCACCUUGGUUCAAUCUAUUGUAUGUCAUGGAGUCCGAAUGGUCGAAUUAUUGCAACUGGUUCAAAUGAUAAGUUAAUUAAACUUGUUCGAUUAGACAUGGAUAGACCAGACGAUGAGUCAAAUAAUACUGAAAUUGAAUUAACACAUCAUAAUGGUACAAUAAGAGAUCUUAUAUUUAUGCAUGAUCAUUUACGUGAUGAUUCAAUAUUGCUGAGUGGUGGAGCCGGUGACUGUAAAGUCUAUGUCACGGAUGUUAUGAAACAAACACCGAUAAGAAAUUAUGCGGGACAUCAAGGUCAUAUUUAUUCAUUAUUUGCAUGGGACGCGUGUAGUUUUGUUUCUGGAAGUCAAGAUGGAACAUCGAGAAUAUGGGAUAUUCGUCAAAACGAAUGUGUUAAUGUUAUUGCACCACGAGCCAGUAAUAGUCCAGUAGCGGCUGUUGCUGUCGAUAAUUCCGGACAAUUAUUGGCUGCAGCCUACGAGGAUGCAACAUGUUUACUAUAUGAUUUAAGAGGAAAGAGAAUUGUACAAACUUAUCAACCACAUGCUGGCGAAAUUCGAAGUGUACGAUUUUCUGUUCAUUCAUAUUAUCUAUUAACAGCAUCGUAUGACAAAAAAGUGGUCAUGACAAGUCUAAAUGGUGAUCUGACUAAACCUCUAAUAUUGUCUAAUGUUGCUGCUCAUACGGAUAAAAUAAUUCAAGCACGAUGGCAUCCACAUGAAAUGUCGUUCGUUACAACAAGUGCUGAUAGAACUUGUGUUGUUUGGGCUCCAUCUGCAUUGGCUGCAGCCAACUUAUAG